AUGGAUCCUCACGUCUUCGCCUCAAAAACAUUUGACUAUAUUAUUGUCGGUGGCGGAACUGCUGGUCUUACAGUGGCGUCAAGGCUCGCUGAAGACGAAAACAUUGAAGUUGGCGUAAUUGAGGCAGGAGAUGCUCGUCUCGAUGACCCACUUAUCAACAUACCCGCAAACACCGGACAGACAAUGGGGAAUCCGACGUAUGAUUGGGGCUUCAUGACCACACCACAAGUAGGAGCGAAUGGCCGUUCUUUUCCUUCUGCGAGAGUGUUGGGAUAG